UUGUACGCUAGGCAGCAAACUGACUGUAAAUUGCUAAAAGAGCCACAGAGUUCCAAGGCCUGCCAUUUGAGAUGCAAUUUACAGUCAGUUAAUUGAAUCUACUACUGUAUUAGAAAAUGCUGGAAUUAAUUAAACAAAUGUGUAUUAUGUACCGGUAGGUAAAUUGCAUAUUGCUGCAGUCAUUCAUACGGUCGCCCCUGUGAAUUGCGCAUGCUCCUUGUGUCUCCUUCACUGUGCCCUACCUUUGCCAGGCCGGCAGAUGCUAGUUGUGAGAGCGCUAACGUACGCUAGUUUUGACAGGGUGAAGAAGGAACAGUGCUCAGACGCUUUGCAGAUAUCCAUCUCGCCUCACAACAUAAAAUCGGUAGCUAUGAACAAUCUACUGUUGAUGUAGCUAAUAUCAAACAUGAAUGUUUAUUUUUUAUAAUGCUAUUCAUCGCAUGGAUGAAUAAUUGACAAUAAAUGUCACUAGUUAGCGCGGUUGUCCAAGGUUAGCCACUGCACCAACUGGGCAACUAGCUAAUGUUAGGUAGCUCGCUACAAGGGCCUAUUCCAAUGUCCAUCUGUUGAAGCUAAUGUGGUUCACUUGCUAGCUAGCAAAUAUUACAUAAUGUUGUUUGGCAAAGUGCUGUCUAAUCCAAAGUAGAGUUUUGUUGCAAUUAACGAUAUUAAACUAUUUAUUUAACGUUUUAAAGGACUAACAGUUUUUUUUUCUCCAAAUAAAUAGGGGGCGUGUACCAUGGGUUUCCCACUGUUAGCUACUGAUAACUAGCUAACGUUAGCUUCGUAAUUUGGAUGUGGCUAACUAGCUGCAAUAUUUAUCAAAUUAAGUUCUUAACUGUUAUAUAUAGUACAAUUUGUCGUUUUUGGCUUAUAUUAACUCUUACUGAUGCCAGUCAUCCCAACGCAUCAUGCAGAUGUAACGUUAUGUACGCUAUCCAACAUUUCAGCUGGCUAACGUUAGCCAGUUUGGCUAACCUGGCUAACCACCACCACUCUGACUCUCCUAAACUGUCCCAUCUGCCGUCCUUUGCCAGAAAUAGACGGUGCACAAAACAUGUUCGCCCGCCACUCGUCUUGCAAACAAUAGAACAAUGAAAAUGUAGUUGUUGAAAUUUAUUAUCUAGCUAGCCAGCUAGGUACUUUUAUUUGUGCUGGUGGUGUUAUCUUAUAGUUAUGACCCUCACCUUGGUAACUGAUAGCUAUGACCCUCACCUUCAAGACAGACUCAUCCAGAAAAAUGUGUUUUCAUCUAGCUAAGAUAAGUAGCGUAGCUAACGUUAGCUGUCGUUGCGUGCUGAAAUUGGGAGAUAAUCACCCAAAUCAGCCAAGUGGAUUAACCAGUGUCCUACUGUUAGCUAGUUGGAAGGAUGAUGACAUAACAUUACACUUGUAUUAAUUAUUAGAUGCAUCUAGCUAGCUAUCUAUUAUUACUAACCUGACAUAUUUAGGCUUUGUGACAUUUCAAGGUAACUCAAAAUAGAAAAUGUAAAAAUCAACUAGCAACUUGUUUUCUUAGUUUGGUAUUGUGAUAACUGCAAAUAUUGUGUUACAAUAUGUGCCUGUGCCCACUCCUGUCAACUCACAAGGGCCUAGGUUUGCAAAUACUGCAGCCUGUUCUGCAAGCUCCUGUUGUCCGCAGUCAAGAAAAUACAUGUCACCUCUGACUUCAGUUUAUCCUUGAGAUGAUAGGUUUGGAAACUUGCCUAGAAUGGCAUGUAAAGCAUCUCCUUACGGUUAUGUAGGUCAAUCAAAGCUAUAGGCUAAUCCAGUACUGUGUGUGAUGCUGGUGUAGGCCUAGGUGGCUUCCUGCCAAGAAGAAACAAUCUGUUCUCUAGCUGAGCUCACUCACUGGGAAACCAGUCACAUGACCUAGGUACCCAGCCUCCCAGCACUCUGGUUGCCAAGGAUAUGUGACAGAGCAUCUAUUCUACACUGAUGAUUCACUAGGGAAAAAUGGCUGCUGCAGGAAAGUAACACUGCAGAACAGUCACUGGCUCACUGCAGUCCUUCUGGACUGCUUUGUGAAAUUAACAGUUCUGAGAUUUCUAGUGAGAACUUCCAAAUCAGUCCUGAGGAAAUCAUGUCAGCUGUAUGCAACAUUCUAGAACAUCACACACUGAGUCAAGCAUUGCAGUGGGACAUACAGUUGCGGCCAAAUAUAUUGGCUCCCUUGCACUUUUAAAUAAUUCCCUAUUUCUUCUAAAACUUUGAUCACCACACAAUGUUAUUGGAUUUUGCUUUUGGGUUGCUUUGCUACCUCUGAUACUGGGGGCAUUGAAUGUGUGCAAGACAUGAAACCAGCAGAUUAUCAAGGUAUUUUGGAGUGCAAUGUUCAACCCAGUGUCUAAAAACUGUCUCUCUGUUGAUGGUUGUGGGUCUUCCAGCAAGUUAAUAACCCCAAAAAAUACAUCAAAAGCAUCUUGAAAUGGUUCAAGAAGUAUCACUGGACUGUUCUGGAGUGGCCAGCGACGAUCCAGAUCUGAAUCACAUCCAUAACCUACGGCGAGAGCUGAAAACAACAGCAGUUGGUGGAGGGCACCCCUCAAACAUUGAAGAAUUAGAGCAGUUUGCUGCUAAAAAGUGGGCCAAAUUGCCAGUAGAAACGUGCAGCAAGCUCAUUGAUGGCUACAAUAAACAUUUGCUGGCAGUUAUCUUGGCCAAAGGCUGUGUAAGUACUAGCUAUGGGCUGCCGAUAACUUUGUCCACGCCAUUUGUCUUUAUUUUCUCAAUUCAAAUUGUAAACUUAAGUUUACAAAAAUAAAAAUGGUUCUGCAAUGUUGAAAAUCCAAUAACACGGUAAGGAGACGUUUUUUUUCUCUCCAUUUAUAAGAGAAGAAAUAGGGAAUUAUUUAAAAGUGCAAGGGAGCCAAUAUAUUUGGCCGCAACUGUAUAUGGCUUGCAUGUGUUGACUUUCCUGUCUUGUCUCCUCCUCUCCAGGUGCAAUGGCUGUUCCUCCUUCAUACUCAGACCUGGGCAAGGCUGCCAAGGAUAUCUUCAGCAAGGGCUAUGGUAAGUUACUAACUAAAAUAUCUUCAGCAAGGGCUAUGAUAGGUUACGAAAUAGUAAAACCAUUUGCCCACCUGAACAGUUAGGUUACCUAGGAGAAGCCAAAAUUCCACACAUGACAAUGAAUGACAGUCAGAGGAGUUAGCCAAAGCAUGAAAUAACAGAUGAAGUUACUGUUUAUAGCCUGGUCGUGCUAGAAUUUCAAACACCAAAGUCACCUGGGAAUCAGCCAAUGUGAUACAUAAAAAUGUUAAGUUGCACUUGGCUGGCGAGGUUAUGGACUGUUAGAAAGCAAAGCAAAUAGGGAUGUAACGAUUCACCGAUAUGCAUUUGUCCCUGAUUGACAUUUUUUAAAGAUGCGAUUGCAUUGGUCCACGGACCCCAAACGGAUAAAAACGUAGCAUGCAUCGGUCAGAAAAUCAAUUAAAACGUUACGAAUCGCUAAUUCACAAAAUAUUUGCUCAUAUUACGUUCUACCUUCCGAAAAUACCUAAUAUUUUGUGACACCUAAUGCAUCUUCUCCUUGAGUGUCGAACUAAGCAUGUAACUGUGUUAGCCUACCAUUUGAAGUAUCUUAUUAGGCCCAUGUGGUCUAAAAAGGAAGGAAAAUAAAAUCAUGAGGAUCCACUUUUAUAUACAAUAUACUGACGCACAGACAGCGCGUUGUGCAAACAAAACAACCCUCGCAAUAUCAACUGGAAUUUUUUAUUUAUUUCACCGUUAUUUAACCAGGUAAGCCAGUUGAGAAUAAGUUCUAAUUUACAACUGCGACCUGGCCAAGAUAAAGCAAAGCAGUGCGAUUAAAAACAACAACACAGAGUUACAUAUGGGGUAAACAAAACAUAAAGUAAAAAAUACAACAGAAAAUAUAUAUACAGUGUGUGCGAAUGUUGUAAAUUAUGGAGGUAAGGCAAUAAAUAGGCCAUAGUGCAAAAUAGUUACAAUUUCGUAUUAACACUGGAAUGAUAGAUGUGCAAAAGAUGAUGUGCAAAUAGAGAUACUGGGGUGCAAAAUAAAUAACAAUAUGGGGAUGAGGUAGUUGGAUGGGCUAAUUUCAGAAUGGCUGCGUGCAGGUGCAGUGAUCGGUAAGCUGUUCUGACAACUGACGCUUAAAGUUAGUGAGGGAGAUAAGAGUCUCCAGCUUCAGAGAUUUUUGCAGUUCGUUCCAGUCAUUGGCAGCAGAGAACUGGAAGGAAUGGCGGCCAAAGGAGGUGUUGGCUUUGGGGAUGACCAGUGAGAUAUACCUGCUGGAGCGCAGACUAGGGGUGGGUGUUGCUAUGGUGACCAGUGAGCUAAGAUAAGACAGGGAUUUGCCAAGCAGUGAUUUAUAGAUGACCUGGAGCCAGUGGGUUUGGCGACGGAGUUGGAGGCUACGGAAGGAGUGUUGUAUGGCAUUGAAACUGGUUUGAGGUUUGUUAACACAGUGUCCAAUGAAGGGCCAGAUGUAUACAAAAUGGUGUCGUCUGCGUAGAGGUGGAUCUGAGAGUCACCAGCAGCAAGAGCGACAUCAUUGAUAUACACAGAGAAAAGAGUCGGCCCGAGAAUUGAACCUUGUGGCACCCCUAUAGAGACUGCCAGAAGGUACGGUGGGAUUCGAAAUGGUCGGUGAUCUGUUUGUUAACUUGGCUUUCGAAAGGCAGGGCAGGAUGGAUAUAGGUCUGUAACAGUUUGGAUCUAGAGUGUCACCCCCUUUGAAGAGGGGGAUGACCGCGGCAGCUUUCCAAUCUCUGGGGAUCUCAGACGUUACGAAAGAGAGGUUGAACAGGCUAGUAAUAGGGGUUGCGACAAUUUCGGCGGCUAAUUUUAGAAAGAAAGGGUCCAGAUUGUCUAGCCCAGAUGAUUUGUAGGGGUCCAGAUUUUGCAGCGCUUUCAGAACAUCAGCUGUCUGAAUUUGUGUGAAGGAGAAGCGGGGGUGGGGGGGGGCAUGGGCAAGUUGCAGCGGAGAGUGCAGAGCUGGUGGCCGGGGUAGUGGUAGCCAGGUGGAAAGCAUGGCCAGCCGUAACAAAAUGCUUGUUGAAAUUCUCGAUUAUUGUAGAUUUAUCGGUGGUGAUAGUGUUUCCUAGCCUCAGUGCAGUGGGCAGCUGGGAGGAGGUGCUCUUAUUCUCCAUGGACUUUAGUGUCCCAACACUUUUUGGAGUUAGUGCUACAGGAUGCACAUUUCUGUUUGAAAAAGCUAGCCUUUGCUUUCCUAACUGCUUGUGUAAAUUGGUUCCUAACUUCCCUGAAAAGUUGCAUAUCGCGGAGGCUAUUUGAUGCUAAUGCAGUACGCCACAGGAUGUUUUUGUGCUGGUCAAGGGCAGUCAAGUCUGAGGAGAACCAGGGGCUAUAUCUGUUCUUACUUUUGAAUUUUUUGAAUGGGGCAUGCUUAUUUAAGAUGGAGAGGAAAGCACUUUUAAAGAACAACCAGGCAUCCUCUACUGACGGAAUGAGAUCGAUAUCCAUCCAGGAUACCUGGGUCAGGUCAAUUAGGAAGGCCUGCUCGCUAAAGUGUUUUAGGGAGCGCUUGACAGUGAUGAGGGGUGGUCGUUUGACCGCGGACCCGUUACGGACGCAGCCCGUAUUACAUUGGUAAUUACUGAACCUUUUGUUGAAAAAAAAUAUAUUUGAAUUGGAAGAGACUGUCACUGGCAAACAUGGUUACAGACCCAACAACAUUUAUAUAGUAUGUCCUCCUCGUCAAGAAAAGCACAUGAGCUAAUUAUAAUACACAAAGUAAGCAAAACAAUGAAAUCAUUCCAACAUUGCUUAAAAGGAUGAAUGAGAUGGACCUAUAUAAGCAAAAGGCCUAUAACAAUUGAGAUGGACAAACUAUGGCAUAAGGGAACGAUGAGCGGAUAAGAGGCAAUCCGUAAUUUCGAUUAAGACAUUAAUGAGCGAGCUAAGAUGGAUGUAGUCAAUAACUAUUUGUUCAACACUUUUGAAAUGGAUAGCGACAGAAUUCAGAACAUGGGCAGUUUUUCUUUUUUUGAAUUUUACCCCCUUUUUCUCCCCAAUUUCGUGGUUUCCAAUUGGUAGUUACAGUCUUGUCCCAUCGCUGCAACUCCCGUACGGACACGGGAGAGGCGAAGGUCGAGAGUCGUGCGUCCUCCGAAACACAACCCAACCGAGCCGUUCUACAGUAUUCUUCCUGUACACCAAGUCAGAACUGUAGGAUAAAUGAAGGGGCAAAGAAAGCUCUGACAAUAUUCGAUGACAUUUCUCUAAAACAGGCUCACUGUUGUUGUACUGUGCUCACUUGAAGUCCUUCUUGUGGGCACAUUUUGUCAUCAAAGUCUGGCAUUCUCUGGGUUUAUGUUGCUUUCAAGACAACUGGGAACUCUGGGGGUGGGGGAAUUAAAAUUAAAAUAAAGGCCCGAGUUCUGACUUGGAGUUACGAGUUAGAUGACCUUUCAAAACGUAUUUUCCCAGUCGGAGCUCGUUUUUUUCAGACUUCCCAGUUGUCUUGAACUCACUGAAGUCAUGCUGGAUUGACAGCAUGGCCAAUGUAUUCAACCUUUUCUGGCCCAUGGUGUUGCGUGUGAAUGUUUAUAUUUUUAAGCUUGGAAAAGAGACCUUUUCAGACAAUGUUUUAAAUCCUUAAACCCAGACUUGGACCACACACCCUCUCCACCGAAUAGCAGGCAGGGGAAGCAAAAUAGGGAUUGCUUUGCAAAGCUUGCAGUUAGCCACGGAUUCCUUCCAAACCACUCAUUGUUGAAUUUGCGAUUUCCGUCUUGUUGUGUAAUGUUUAUGGCCAAUGAGCACCGAUACGUUUUAUCUAUCAUUUCUCUUCAUAGGACAAGGAUUGAAAAGGAUUUGCCAGUAGAUUGUUGACGUGAUUAAUGAUGACUGCUUGCUAGCUAAGAUUUUGAAAGUAUGAUGUUGACAUGAUCAGUCCAAUCAAAGCUAUGGUAGAUAUAAUGUGAUUUGAUGUCAUUUUAUCUGUGGCCAAUGACCUUGAGCCUUCUUGGAUAGGCACUUCUAAUGUAAAUCUAUAGCAGCACCCAAGGGGGCUUGAACUGCCUAGCUCUCCCUGUAAAUUCAUAGUGUCCCCAUGAGUGACAGAACACUGAGCCAAUCACGGCGCAACUAGAGAAGAUUACCAACGCCUACGCUCUGUAUUUUCAUCUGGCUGCCCCUCCACCACAGAAAGCACUGAGCUAGGCUGAAACACCUGCAUUUUGGAGCUGCCUUACUCAAGAAAGCAAAAAGAGACCAUGUUUGUAUGCAGCUUUAUUCACUCAAUAAAUUUGUUUUUACAUUGUUUGCAAACUGAUAUGUGACACGAAUUAAUACCAACAACGCCCCCCCCCCCCCACUGCACUGCAUGGACAAAGCGGUAGGAGAAAAGAAGAUCACUAAACUUCCAAACAGUCAAAACCAUUUGAUAAUGAGAUGGGGGUGAAAUCCAAAGUUAUGCUAUAUAUUCAUUGGCAAUGUCAGCAAAUGUAUAUUGAUUUUACUAGCUCAAACACGUAAUCUGCAAAAAUGACAAGUUCGUUAGUGGGUGAUUGUGAUUUCAGAACCAAAGUGAGGGGACAAAAAACAUGCUACAUUGGCCCCCCCCCCCCCCCCCCCCCCCCCAAUCUGAUAGUGGUAGAUGUCGAGUCUCCCUUAUGGCUCAGCUCAGGUGCCUCCAUAGUACAUACACCAUAGACAUACAUAAUUUACACACACACACACUACAUACAUCAUUUCACGGUAAGGUCUAUCUAUACCUGUUGUAUUAGGCGCAUGUGACAAAUAAAAUUUGAUUUGAUAGACAUACAUCAUAGACAUGGAUAAUUUACACACACACACAGAAGUCAGCUCAGACAGAUCGAGCUCAGAGGUCCAUUUUAUGAGCUCCAUCAGCAGCAGAAUAUAAUUUAGAAUGGAAAGUUAAUGGCUAACACUUUAUUUUAAGGGUCCAUAAUGGACCAUUUAUAAUGCAUUUAUAAGGUAUUUACAAACCGUUUGCUCACCAUUUAUUUAUCUUUACUCACAUGUGUAAAUGUUAGUAAGCUAGUUAUUCACACGUUUAUAUAUAUUUCCUUAAACAUCCUGUGUUGUGUGAUUUGUUCUUUUACCAGGUACUGCAGGAAUGUCUACCAAUAGCAUUCAUCUUUUUGUGAGAAAUUAUACUGGUCACUCAAAACAUAUAUAAAGUAUAAAUACCACUCACUUCAGAUUAGGGACUGCAAAAAUACUUUACUAAUGAUUAGUCAAUUGUUUAUUAAUGUGGGAGUAAUGAUUAAUAAAUGGUGAACACCCAAUUUAUAAAUGCUUUAUAUAAAUGGUUUAUUAUGGACCCUUCAAAUAAAGUGUUACCAAUGUGGGGUAAAUGUGUGUUUAUGCAACAAAAAAAUUUAAAAAAAUAAAAUGCAACAAAUGUUAGUGCAUCGAAUCGCAUGGAACCGAAGUCGUACUGAAUCGUUUCAAACUAAAGCGUAUUGUUCCUCUAUCGUGUUGGAGCCCAUGUAUCUAGAAACGUAUCGAAUCGUCUUGAAAGGGAAAGAUGCACAUCCCUGAUGAUGAUGUAACUCAAUGCAUCAUAAACCAAUUGUCAUUGUUUUAUGACUCUACGAGUCUGCUCAAAUGUACCCGUAGCUCGUCAAACUCUUGUUUAACCCUCAAGGCUUCGGCAUCGUGAAGCUGGACCUGAAGACCAAGUCUCAGAGCGGAGUGGUGAGUCUUCUGUUUCUGUCCUCCCGCUUUGUACUUCCCUCUCUCUCCCCCCUCCUCCACGUUCCCACCUGCUCUGCCUCGGUUGCAAUUUCUCUCUGUUAAUGUUAAUGAUAAUCAAUCAUGAACAUUAAUUCUUGCUUAGUAGAACAUCUUAGUAGAAUAUAUUUUUCUUUCUCUGAGGAAAAAGUAGAUUGUGAUUCUGUGACUGUAAUUUUAUGAAUAACUUAUCUCCCUCUCUCUAUAGUACAGUAAUAACGACCCUUCUAACUGUCUGUAAUUCUGAGCUCUAAGGUUCACAGGUUGCUAGGUGAUGUUACUGGCUCUGCUUGGCUUUAUGCUUCAGGAUAAAGAGAUAUGACAGGCCGUGUGUGUGUGUGUAAGACUGUGUGUAUGUAUGUGUGUGUGUGGGGGGGGCCUGUUUGUCUCCAUAUCUGCCUAUCCUAACCCCUGCUAUGUCCCCCUGCCUCCCCGCUGCGUCCUGGACUGCUCUCUAUUGUAGAUGGUAAGACUCCCUCCCACAGUGUGCUGAUGUCUCUGUAUGUACAACAUGAUACGUGCUGGAAGAUGCAGCGACAGACUCUGAUUUCACUGUUAAAUCUUAUAUCCAGCGGAUGGUACUGUUAGUCUGUUUGCAUCUUCAUCACUGUCCAGUGAAUAUUAUAAUUAUUUAACAUUUUUGUCUCCGUCCAACUAAUUUACAUGUAUUUCACAUCCAUUUAAAUAAAAAAUAAAAAUAUGCCAUUUAGCAGACGCUUUUAUCCAAAGCGACUUACAGUCAUGCGUGCAUACAUUUUUUUUUGUGUAUGGGUGGUCCCGGGGAUCGAACCCACUACCUUGGCGUUACAAGCGCCGUGCUCUACCAGCUGAGCUACAGAGGACCACACAUUUCAUUGUCUAUCUGAAUUCACUGGUGUCAGUGAUAACAUUUUCAUCAAUGUUGUGGUCCAAAUAAUGUUUUAAUUAUUGUCUCUUCAACUAAUUUAAUUUUGUCAUCCAUUUCUUUGUCCAGCUUCAACCACUGACUGUGCCACUCACUGCUUUGCUGCACCUACACUACAUGACCAAAAGUAUGUGGACACCUGCUCGUCGAACAUCUCAUUGCAAAAUCAUGGGCAUUAAUAUGGAGUUGAUCCCCUCUUUGCUGCUAUUACAGCCUCCACUCUUCUUGGAAGGCUUUCCAUUAGUUGUUGGAACAUUGCUGUGGGGACUUGCUUCCAUUCAGCCACAAGCAUUAGUGAGGUUGGGCACUGAUUUUGGGCGAUUAGGACUGGCUCGCAGUCGGCGUUCCAAUUCAUCCCAAAGGUGUUCGAUGGGGUUGAGGUCAGGGUUCUGUGCAGGCCAGUCAAGUUUUUUCCACACCGAUCUCAACAAACCAUUUCUGUAUGGACCGCGCUUUGUGCACGGGGCCAUUGUCAUGCUGAAACAGGAAAGGGCCUACCCCAAACUGUUGACACAAAGUUGGAAGCACAGAAUCUUCUAGAAUGUCAUUGUAUGCUGUAGCGUAAAGAUUUCCCUUCAUUGGAACUAAGGGGCCUAGCCCGAACCAUGAAAAACAGCCCCAGACCAUUAUUCCUCCUCCACCAAACUUUACAGUUGGCACUAUGCAUUGGGGAAGGUAGCGUUCUCCUGGCAUCAGCCAAACCCAGAUUCGUCCACCGGACGGCCAGAUGGUGAAGCGUGAUUCAUCACUCCAGAGAAUGCGUUUCCACUGCUCCAGAGUCCAAUGGUGGCGAGCUUUUCACCACUCCAGCCAACGCUUGGCAUUGCACAUGGUGAUUUUAGGCUUGUGUGCGGCUGCUCAGCCAUGGAAACUCAUUUCAUUAAGCUCCCGACGAACAGUUAUUGUGCUGACGUUGCUUCCAGAGACCGUUUGGAACUCGGUAGUGAGUGUUGCAACCGAGAACACACUAUUUUUGCGCACUACGCGCUUCAGCACUCGCCGGUCCCAUUCUGUGUACUUGUGUGGCCUACCACUUCGCGGCUGAGCCGUUGUUGCUCCUAGAUGUUUCCACUUCAUAAUAACAGCACUUAUUUGACGGGGGCAGCUCUAGUAGGGCAGAAAUCUGACAAACUGACUUGUUGGAAAGGUGGCAUCCUAUGACAGUGCCAUGUUGAAAGUCACUGAGCUCUUCAGUAUGGGCCAUUCUACUGCCAAUGUUUGUCUUUGGAGAUUGCAUGGCUGUGUGCUCGAUUUUAUACACCUGUCAGCAACGGGUAUGGCUGAAAUAGCCGGAUCCACUAAUUUGAAGGGGUGUCCACAUACUUUUGUAUAUACAGUGUAUAUAUCUGCUAGUGUUUCUGUCUAUCCUUCCUCCUACCCACCUUUCCACCCUCCUUACCUUGCAUCCCUCACUUUCUCCGCACCUUUUCAUCCUCUCUUACCUGUAAUCUGUUUUCUAUGUUUCUUCUCACAUAGUUCAUUAAUCAUUCAGGGUGUCCUCUUCUGCAGUCAGCAAAAAACUGCCCUUUUCACUAAUCUGCUCUUCUAGAUCCCUCUCUCUCUCCCUCUUACUCACUCCCUCAGUCUUUUCAAACUAUUUGACCACAACUUUCUCUCCGCCACACACCAUCUCUUGCCUCGCACAUUUUCCCACUCUCUCUUUUUCUCUCACUCUCUCCCUCCCUCUCUUCUCUCCCCCUUAGGAGUUCAACACGUCAGGUUCCAGUAACACAGACACAGGGAAGGCAGCUGGUAACCUGGAGACCAAGUACAAGAUGAAGGAGCUGGGCCUGAGCUUCAACCAGAAGUGGAACACUGACAACACCCUGGCUAUAGAGGUCACUGUGGAGGACCAGCUUGCUCAGGGACUCAAGGUGGCUCUGGACACAUCCUUCGUACCAAACACAGGGUGAGAGAGGGACAUCAAACUGUUAACUAACUACAUACCAAGUUAUUCCUUUUGACAAAAAAAUAUGAAAUUAUUUAUGAUUUAUUUAUUGAAUAUGUUAUCACCUUUCCUUUUUUGGAAUAUCAAGGAUCAGAUAUGAAAGGAUAUUUGUUGGAUGUCAAAUUUUCCUGUCUCUUCUCCAUCUGUCCUCAGCAAAAAGAGUGGCAAGCUGAAGACUGGCUACAAGCGUGACUUCCUUAAUGUGGGCUGUGACGUCGACUUCGAGGGUCCCAUCAUCCACGCAGCCGCAGUGGUGGGCUAUGAGGGCUGGCUGGCCGGGUACCAGAUGGCCUUUGACACGGCCAAGUCCAAACUGGCCCAGAACAACUUCGCCCUGGGAUACAAGGCUGGAGACUUCCAGCUCCACACCAAUGUGUGAGUAUCUCAAUGCAGUGGAUCUUGGCUAGAAACACUGGUUUUGUUUUUGAGUGAGUCAUCAGAUAUGUUGAAAUGUGUUGGAUGGUAAAGUUUGGGAACCGUGGCCGCCGUUGCCCUGUGUCUCUCUCAGUAGUAAUGGUAUAGAGGUUAGAGUAGGGAGGAGUUUCUGUUGCCCCCUCUCUCUUUCAGUAACGACGGAACAGAGGUUAGGGGGUUCCACCCACCAGAAGGUGUCUAGGAGUAUGAACUAGGGGUUGAUUUGGGCAAGUCUGUAACUGUUAACCACUCUCUCUCCUCUCUCAGUAACGAUGGGACUGAGUUUGGAGGUUCUAUCUACCAGAAGGUGGAUGACCAGCUGGAGACGGCGGUCACUCUGGCCUGGACGGCCGGCAGCAACAACACACGCUUCGGCAUCGCAGCCAAAUACGCUCUGGACAAAGACGCUUCCCUGUCUGUGAGUAACACACACACACUUACGUUUACACACACGUUCCAUUUACACACUUUACCCUAGCGGGACUUCAGCCCUUUACCCUAGCGGGACUUCAGCCCUUUACCCUAGCGGGACUUCAGCCCUUACCCUAGCGGGACUUCAGCCCUUUACCCUAGCGGGACUUCAGCCCUUUACCCUAGCGGGACUUCAGCCCUUUACCCUAGCGGGACUUCAGCCCUUUACCCUAGCGGGACUUCAGCCCUUUACCCUAGCGGGACUUCAGCCCUUUACCCUAGCGGGACUUCAGCCCUUUACCCUAGCGGGACUUCAGCCCUUUACCCUAGCGGGACUUCAGCCCUUUACCCUAGCGGGACUUCAGCCCUUUACCCUAGCGGGACUUCAGCCCUUUACCCUAGCGGGACUUCAGCCCUUUACCCUAGCGGGACUUCAGCCCUUUACCCUAGCGGGACUUCAGCCCUUUACGCUAGCGGGACUUCAGCCCUUUACCCUAGCGGGACUUCAGCCCUUUACCCUAGCGGGACUUCAGCCCUUUACCCUAGCGGGACUUCAGCCCUUUACCCUGGCGGGACUUCAGCCCUUCACCCUGGCGGGACUUCAGCCCUUCACCCUGGCGGGACUUCAGCCCUUCACCCUGGCGGGACUUCAGCCCUUCACCCUGGCGGGACUUCAGCCCUUCACCCUGGCGGGACUUCAGCCCUUCACCCUGGCGGGACUUCAGCCCUUCACCCUGGCGGGACUUCAGCCCUUCACCCUGGCGGGACUUCAGCCAGCCCUUUACAAUUCAUUCAGAUUUACACGCUAACACACGUUCUCUGGCUGUCUCUAACUGUGUCUCCCCCUGCAGGCCAAAGUGAACAACGCCAGCCUGAUUGGAGUCGGUUACACCCAGAGCCUCAGGCCAGGUGAGUAACUAUCACAACAGACAAUAUUGUGAUCUAAGCACAACCAUCAUGUUAGGUCUAGCUGUAGUGUUUUACAUCUCCAGUAAUAUUAUUCUCCUCUGUGCGUGUAGGUGUGAAGGUGACUCUGUCAGCCCUGAUCGAUGGGAAGAACUUCAACACUGGCGGUCACAAGGUUGGCCUGGGCUUCGAGCUGGAGGCAUAGAGCAGGAACAAGACCCACCAACCAAGAGAAGAGCCCAGAACC